ACACUAGAACAACUGUAUGAGAACUAACCGUAUAAAGCGUGACAUUUCUAUAGGAAGAAAAACCCAAAAAAAAAAAAAAAAAAAAGAUUCAGAGAGCUAAUUCGGCAAUUCCAAAUUGACCAAUGGGACGAUCAGUAAGAGCAGCAGUGAUCGGAGCCGGCGUGGCGGGACUUUGCGCGGCGCGUGAGCUUCAGCGUCAGGGUCUCAAAGUUGUUAUCUUCGAUAAAGCCGAUAGAAUAGGCGGCACGUGGAUAUACGACCCGAGAAUCGAAUCCGAUCCUCUCGGUCUCGACCCGACCCGUGAAAUUGUCCACAGCAGCCUCUACCGUUCUCUGCGCACCAACCUCCCCAGACAGCUAAUGGGUUUCUUGGACUACCCCUUUCCGAAUCGACAAAAUGGGGACCCGAGACCUUUCCCGGGUCAUGAGGAGGUGCUCUAUUUCCUAAACAAGUUCGCCGACGAUUUCGGACUCCGUGAGUUGGUCAAGUUCAAUUCGGAAAUCGUCCGAGUUGCCCCAGUUGACGAGACGAAGAACGACGAGUGGUUGGUGGAGUGGAGGACUCGGGGGAGCGACUCAUUGAGCCGGGAAGUGUUCGACGCGGUUGUUGUGUGCGUCGGAAAUUUCACUGAACCAGAGGUCCCGACAAUUCCAGGCCUAGAGAACUGGCCUGGGUAUAAGCUUCAUAGCCACAACUACCGCGUUGCUGAAUCAUUUCGAGGCCAGACAGUGGUUGUAAUUGGAUUUGGAGCUAGUGCCUUUGACAUCUCAAGAGACAUUGCUACUGAAGCCAAAGAAGUUCAUAUAGCCAUAAGAAAACCAGAUGUACAAGUUGGAAAGUUGGAAAGCCACAAUAACAUAUGGCACCACAAGAUGAUAGAGCAAGCUUAUGAAGAUGGUUCAAUUGCCUUUCAAGAUGGAUCCUUAGUUUAUGCUGAUACCAUUGUCUAUUGUACAGGGUAUAGAUACCAUUUUCCAUUUCUUGAAACCAAAGGAAUUGUAACCAUUGAGGAAAAUCGAGUUGGGCCAUUGUAUAAACAUAUCUUUCCUCCACGCUUGGCUCCCUGGCUGUCUUUCAUUGGAAUACCUUUUAAGAAUGCAGUAUUCCCGCUAGUUGACAUACAAUCCAAGUGGAUGGCGCGUGUAUUAUCCGGUAAGGUGGCGCUGCCAAAGGAAGAAGAGAUGAUGGCCUCGACGAAUCAACUAUACAAGCAAAUGGAGGAGAAUGGGGUGCCAAAGUGCUUUACUCAUGCCCUUCAUCCAUAUGAGAUGGAAUACCAAAAUGGGCUGCUUGCUGAGAUUGGGUGGCCAGAACUAGAGGAGUGGAGAGGGAAAGUUUAUGCAAAGAGCAUCAACUUCAUAACGACUAUGCAUGAUGGAUACAAAGAUCAAUGGGAUAGUGCUUAUUGGGAGGCAUUGAGUGAUUCAUAAGGUUUUUUAUUAGGCAUUCAUUUGAGUUGGGCUUAAGCUUAACAGAGACUUUCAUCCUCAAAUCUCAAUAGUUUAUUUGAGGUUAAUACUUUUGUAGAAAAUAACUUUUUCCACAAAAAGAAAAAAAUAAUAAAAUGAUAAAAAGAAGAAGAGCACAAAUUGAUUCUUGUUUGUCAAAGUA